ACGAUGACGGGGGGUGCGGGGACCAGCGGUACGGGGGGGUCUGCGGGUGGGGGGUUCAUCGCGCAGUCUUAGAGGGAGAUGGCGAGGUUGAGGCAGGGGAACGUGGUGUGGAACUUCGUCACUGCAGGACAGCAUGUGGGGAACCAGGCGAAGAUGCAUGGGGACCGAAAGUUGCGUUGCAACUUUUGCGGCCACUUGUUUCAGGGGAAUGCGGGGAAGGUCGCGCGCCAUUUCACGCAGGCCAAGUACUGCAAGGAUGCGGGGAUGAGAGUUCUCGUGGAAAUAUGGAACGACACGAACUACACAUUCAAGCCCGCGACUGCUCGGCGGGUGCAGAGGUGGAUGACUGACGAGGGGGUACGGGACACGAGAGUGGCUGCAGGUGGGCAGCGACAACGGAUGGACGAGGGAGAGUCUGGAGAGAGAGACGAUGUUCAGGACGCCCUCGAUGAGGAGGAGGGUCUCGAGGGUGGGGUUGGGGAGGGGGGGAAGGCUGACGAGGCAGUUGGAGACCCUGACCUGCCAGAAGAGGAGGUGGUGAUGACGUCGAGAGGCGUCGGUCGAGCGGGUCCCGCUCCUAGGGCACCACGACCUGAGGUCACAGCAGGCACCGGGAUCCCUUCACAGAGGGGGAAGGUGGCGACGAUGGUGAGCGAGGUUCGCUUUGCUUUCCGGCACAUAGGUGCCACCAUCCUCUCGGAUGGGAGGAAGUCGCACAGCGGCAAGCCGCUUGUGAACUUCCUCGCGGGGGGCGCCAACGACGCCCUGCUGUGUGCCACCGUCGCACGUGACGGGUCUGUCCGCGACACUGCGGAUAUCAUGUACCGCAGGUGGCGGGCCAUCAUCUUGUCCUUUCCUGCACAGGACGUGAUCGGCUUCUGCACGGACUCCGCCAGUAACUAUACGGCGGUGGCCCGCAGAUUCGCCACCGACACCGACGCAGACAUCAGGAGGAUCACUUGGCUUCCCUGCUCCACCCACGUCUGCAACUUGAUGUUGUCAGACGUCGGGACGCGAGUGGCGUGGGUCAAGGGAGACCAUCAUCCGUGCCCGAGCAUCCGCGACGACGAGUUCUGGCGAUGCUUUGACUGUGCCAUCUGCGUUAUGUCGCCCAUCCACCAGCUCUUGAGGAGGAUGGAUAGAGGGGGGAUGAUGAUGUCCAUCGUUUACGAGUGGAGUCAGCAUCUUCUGGAGUUGAUGAGGAGGGUGGAUGUGCCGGCGGACAUGGUCGAGCCGUGCGUGCGCGAGGUUGCCGUCCGCAACCUCCACAUGCUCGAGCCCGCACAUGCUGCGGCACACCUCCUCAACCCUCGCCGCCGGUCCCUCCGAUAUUAUGAGUCGUUGCAGACGACUACAGAUGACGCCCGUGUAGUCGAGGAGUGCGACAGAUUCCUGCUCGCACAGACUGGUGGCGAUCCGGUCGGCAGACUGUACAGGACAGUUCGUGACCAGAUCAGGCAUUUCCACUCGCGGCGGGGAGAUUGGGUAGAUCGGCAGCUGUCCGAUGCCGAGGCCGACGACUGUCGGGGGGACCGCGAGACUGAGCGUUGUGCCCAGUGGUGGUUUGAUCACGAACGUCAUCACCCUAAGUUGCGCACCAUCGCCAUCCAUGUGAUGCACUUGUGGACGUCCGCCUCACCUGCAGAGAGGAACUGGGCUCAGCACGAGCGCAUCAACACCGCGAGGCGCCACAAGCUUGGCUUUGCCAAGCUUGCACAACUGGUUGAGAUUGCCACCAAUCUCAAACUGGCCAGAUGCGCACAGCAGGGUAGUGGCUACGUGUUGCCCUGGGUUAUGGGGACCGGUCAGGAGGAGACCGCGGGAGGGCAGGAGGACGACAAGGGGGACGUGGACCCCGAGGACGUGUUCGGCAAGAGGGCGGUGGACCUACGGCCGUGGCCGGAGCAGACGUCGGACGCUGAUGCGGACAGCGAUACGUCAGGCGACGAGUGGACGGACGAUGACGACGCUCCCGUCAACGGCGACGCGACGGCGGAGCGGGUCUAUUUGACGUACGGCGAAGGACCUAACGGGAUGACUCCACACACAUCCGUCAUCACUGACGAUGUGGCGUCCGGUGGUCAGGCCAGUGGCACCGGCAGAGCCGGAAGUCGUCGUCGACAACAACCGCGUGCCGACGAGCACGUGGAGGAGCAGGAGCCAGUCGGAGGCCUUCGGCAGACGGGCAGACGUUGGGAGGACAGGAGCGACAGCGAGCCGGAGGGGGCGGAGGAGGAGGAGGAGGUAUGCCUUCGGGAUUGUCGGUUCUCUCCCUCUCAUUAUCGGACCAUGGGAGCGCCUGAGCCUACCAGGCCGAGGACGAGGUCCGCAUCGGCAGCGGAGAGACAGCAGACACCAGCGACCGAGCACCAUGAGGGGACCGGGCUUGCAGACAUUCCGGAGAUGGAGAGGACUCCAUCCGGCGCCGGUGUGCGCCACCGCUCGCCGUCCGAGCUGCGCACCGACGACUUCUACGUGGAUGGCUCUGGCAGGGGUUUGGGGGAUCUCAGUGCCCUGAGACAGAGGGGUGUCUCGCUGUCGGACGUGCUCCUCGACGAUUCUGAUAAGCGGGGUCAUGUAGAGACCGAGGAGGAGCAGGAUGCCCGUCCGGACAGAGAGGAGGAGGAGCGGCUGCAGACUUUGCCGGGAUGGGAUGGUCGUUUCGCGUAUAUGGAGGAGCAGCACCGACGGAGGGAGUUGGAGACAGGGGGGGGUGGCGGCGGUGACGGAGGCGACGUGGGUUUUGGUGGGGAGGCUGAUGCGGGGGCAGCCCGACAGGGUGUGCCCACGGGUGUUGAGGGAGAUGGUGUCCCCACGGGUGUUGAGGGAGAUGGUGGCAGCGAGGACGAGCAGGGAGAUGGUGGCGGCGAGGACGAGGACGAGGACGAGGAGGGGUCCGACCACGGAGACGACCACGGUGACGACGGCGGCGACGGCGACGACGGCGGCAACGGCGAUGACGGCGGCGACCACGGCGACGGUGGCGACGACGGCGACGACGACGACUACGACGGCGACCACGGCGAUGACGGCAGCGACGACGGCGACCACGACGGCCACCACGUGGAUGAGGGUAGGCUGGCUUUGGUCUUGAGGGACCCGUCAGUGCCUACACUACCUCUCACACGGCCUGAGGCCUUCGCUCAGGCUGGUUUUGAUGCCGAGGAUUUGGCGCGACUCGGUUCACAUGACCCUUUCCCCCACACGGGCCGCAGGAGCGACGAGAGGCGCCCUCUUGGAAGGGCAUAUUCGCCUCCGCCGUACAUCGUGGAUAGCCCUAGAUGGUCAGGUUCUUCGCUCAACGGCAUUAGAGGGAGGGAGUUCGGGCCGGUUGAUGGCGGGUCGGGCCGCCGCAGUGACGAUGGCGGAUCUGCCGGAUCGAUGCCUCCGCCACCCGCACGGAGCAUGAAGGGCGGCGUCGACGCCACUACCGUCGGUGCGCCCGUUGCCGGUUCCCUGCCGCCUGUCGGAGGUGGUGUUGCCGGAGGAUGGGCAGCUCAUCGGAGUCAUCGCCGGGUCUCAGACCGGAUGAGGGCGGAUUACGACGCCGGGAGGGGCGCCUUCGCAGGACGUUUGUCACCUCGGAUUCAGGUUGCGGACGUCCGAGUGUUCACAUGGCAGGCUGCAUGCUCGAUCGUCGUCUCGACUGCGAUGGUGGGUAUGGCGAUGAUGUCGUCGCUGUCGUCGACGGGCCGAAAGACGUUGUCGACGACUCGUAACGGCGAUGAAGACAAUGGCGGAGACUACGGGAAAGACGGCGAACGCGGCGAUAAUGGCGACGAUGGAAUUGACGAUGACAAAUCUGAGCUGCGCACUCCACGAUGGAACAACGCGACGAUGAUGUUCAGAUGCCCUACGGCGGAUGCGGCGACGACGAUGGUGGAUGGCCUCGUGCACUUAGCAAGUCGAUGGCCGUGAUCGCGAUGACGAUAGCGACGGUGGUGACAAAAGCGAGGAUGGUAAGAAAGGC